UCGGCUAAUUGCAGCUCGAUGCAGAAGCUGGGCGAUGGCUUGGUGCGGGAUAAGAUGUGCCCACCAGCCCGGAAGCAGUUUCAAGUGCGGGCUAUGGCACCCAAGAAGAAGGUGAACGCGCAUGAUGAUGCGUGGAGCAAGCAAUGGUUCGGAGCGGGGGUGUUUGCGGAGAACACCGAGACGGAGUCUGUUGACAUCGUGAAGAAGCUAGAGAAGAAGUUGUUAUCACAGGUGGAGAAAGCGGGGCUUCUCAGCAAAGCCGAGAGCCUGGGCGUCAGCUUGUCGCAGAUUGAGAAGUUGGGGCUGCUGUCGAAGGCGGAGGAUCUUGGCUUGUUGACCCUGGCGGAGAAAUUCGUGACCACCAGCCCUGCGUCACUAGCGUCUGUCAAAUUCCCAAGCGUCUCGGGAAUCGCGCCAGUGAGGUGGUUGUUCGUCAUGUUCAGCUUCACCAAGCUGACGAUGCCCCCAAGUGCCGCUGAAAUCUCCCAUGUCAACUCGUCUCCACUGAGCCUAUCCCUGUAUGAUAUCGGAUUCACAAGCACUAUCUCCGCCCAAAAUCGGCAAUUUGGUCAAUCUGCAGAGCUUGUAUAUGGGCAACUGCCAUUUCAGCGGGCUUAUUCCGGCGGAGCUUUCGAAAUGCAUUGCCCUGAAGAAGUUGGACAUCGGCAGGAAUGAUUUUUCAGUGAAAAUUUUCAAUGAUUUUUCACCGCUUCAUACUUGCGACAGUGGAGUUCGUUGUUGGCCGCCAUAGAUCAUGAGGUCGCACCCAUGGUUGCAGGAAUUGGUCGAUGGAUCUCCGGCUUGAUUGACCAUAGCUAUGGCCACCGUCUAAUGGCAAACCCUUUAAUGGUCUACUGCCGCCGGAUGCCACUGAAGUAGGCACAAACCCAUCAAGGAUGGAGAAUAAGAAGUUGAACUUCCGUUGCAUGUAGAGCACUAAGUUCAAAUCCUCCACAAUCUGCCCAAAUCCAUUCUAAACGUGUCAGAGGUUUGAUAUCGGUACAUGUGGUCACAGCAAACUGACCCACUUAUGCAAAUGAUUUGGAGAAAUAAAGUUUGGAGAUGAAAAUCACCUUGCUUGUGGA